AUGCGGUGGUUGAUACUCAAUCGUGUAUACACUUCCUUCUUGCUGGUAAACUUGAAAGCUGUUAAAGCAUCAGUAAGGAACUUUCAAGACUGGAAAUAUGAAAUUGUUAGUGUGGUUGGCAGUGUUGAUGGGUGUGAGUGAAGGGUCCCGGGUGCUGAUGGUGCUGCCGCUGGGUUCUUCGUCUCACAAGAACAUAAUAAUACCGUUGGCCGAGGCUCUGGGUAGUCGUGGACAUCAGGUGAUCGUUGCUUCACUUCACGCCAGUCCUGCUAACUCUUCCCGCUCCUACACCGACCUGGUAGCCUCCGACGCCUGGGAGACCAUCCGUAAAGUGACGGGCGACUUCAAUGUCUUCAAGAUGCGAGAAGCUAACGGUGGGAAAGACGUGAACUCCGAAGUAAUGAAGAAAGUGCUACGUAAUCUGCCAGAGUAUUGUGACGCCUUUCUGCGUGACCCUGGAGUGCAGACCGCCUGGACCAGCAAGCCAGACCUGAUCCUCCUGCCGGCGUUCAUGAACGAGUGUGGGCUGGCACUAGUUCACAAGUUCAAGGCGCCCUUCAUCUAUGUCACCACCUCGGGUCUCACCCCUUGGACAGCAGACCUUAUGGGCAACCCGGAAAACCCUUCCUACAUACCCAACCAGUACCUCACCUACGGUGCCCACAUGAGCCUUUGGCAACGCACAGUCAACACCCUCGUCAGAAUCGCUGGUCCGUAUCUGAGGAAACAAUUGGUGAUGAACAGACUGGAUGGAGUGGUGCAGAGGUUCCUGGGAGACCCAUCAGUGUCACUGUCUGAGGUGGAGAAGAACGUGUCACUGGUCUUAGUCAACUCUCACUAUUCUCUGGGGCACCCACGCCCCAUGCUACCCAACGUGGUGGAGGUGGGUGGUAUGCACUGCCGCCCAGGCCGCCCCCUGCAGGACGCCCAACUUCGACAUUUCCUGGACUCUUCUACCGUACCUGUGGUGCUCUUUAGUCUGGGCUCAUCAAUCCGCAGCGAACAACUUCCUCCUCGGGUGUUGCACUCACUGAUGGCUGCCUUCCGUCGUCUUCCCUACCGAGUAUUAUGGAAGUGGGGGGGCGGUGCCCUUUCGGACCUUCCAGCUAAUGUAAUGACCCGCCCCUGGCUGCCACAGCAAGACGUGUUGGCACACAAACGGGUACGCGCCUUUUUCACCCACGGAGGAUUGCUGUCACUUCAGGAGGCUGUCUACCACAAUGUUCCACUGGUAGGACUGCCCAUCAUGAGUGACCAACACCUCAACGUUCGUCAGGCUGUGGCCUCAGGUGUGGCCGUCGAACUCAGUCUGGAUAGCCUGACGGAGGAGGGAGUGUACCAGGCUAUUAGGAGCGUGGUGGAGGAGAAACAAUACAGACAGAGAGUGAUGGAGAGGUCACAGCUUCUGCGUCACCAACAAUCUCCACCACUGGACACAGCUGUCUACUGGGCUGAACAUGUGCUACGUUAUGGCGGUGGUCAACACCUGCGGUCUGCAGCAGUUGACAUGCCACUCUACCAAUACCUGCUACUCGAUGUUGCUGCUUUUCUACUGACACUCACUGUUCUGCUGCUGCUGCUGCUUCGUUCAGUCCUGACAGCACUCAAACGCUUGUUUGUGCGCGUCCUCAAGAACACUGUUACAAAAGCCCUUACAACUCUCAGAACACAUGUUAAGUUACAAUAAGACACUGACUACAGCUGAGAGAGAGAUCUGAACCCAGAGAGAAAAACGUAUCUGUUAGCAUUUGCAUUAGUCUGAUCUCUGUGAUAGCUAAUUAUGUUUAGGUUCAGGUUUUUCUCUGUCUGUGAACUUUCUGAUAAUGUUCGAUAGCUUCUAUUAUUGCUGUGAUAGAUCUUAAAAAGUACAAUUACUACCAUUACAAUCAUCUCCAAUAUUCACUUCUCAUCUCACACAAUCAUUUCAUGUUUCUUCAUUUAUAUAUGAAAAUUUUUUUAUGAGUUCAGUGUAAUUCCCAUUUGUAUUUUAUUACCACAAAUAUAUUUUUUAUACUUUCUCAAUAAAGAUCAUUUUGAA